AUGGCAAGGAAGAGAAAGGUUUCUGAAGAAGUUGAAGAGAGAAAUCCAUCUGAUGUAGCCAUGGCGUGGGAUGAGGUGAUGAAGGAAGCUGCUGCUCUAGGAAGUGGCAGGAGAUUGAGGAAGACAUUUGUUGGCGUGAGACAAAGGCCUUCAGGAAGAUGGGUAGCUGAGAUAAAGGAUACCAUUCAGAAGAUAAGAGUGUGGUUAGGAACUUUUGAUACAGCUGAGGAAGCUGCAAGAGCCUAUGAUGAGGCUGCUUGUCUUCUUCGAGGUGCCAACACUAGAACAAAUUUCUGGCCUAGUUCUCAAUCUUCCUCAACUCCUGCUCUUCCUUCAAAGAUUACCAAUCUCCUCCUCCAAAGGCUCAAAGAAAGGAAUAAUCGUACAAACCCUUGCACUCUUUCUUCAUCUUCCUCCUCCAUAUCUCCUUUUAUCGACCAGACACAGAACCAACAAGAAGAUGUAUGUGGAAGUGUGUCAACAUAUUUCACAUUGGACCAAUUCUCAGAUUUUCUUAAUGACCCUGAAGAUUACAGCACAAGUAACAAUGAGUUUAGUAAUUAUAGUGCACAAAUUGAUUGCAUCACAAGUUGUCUUGAAUCAUGUUUGAAUGAAAAUGAUGAUUACAGGGAGAAAGAAAAGGAAAUGGAAAUGGAAUUUGACUUCAAAAGUGUGACACAAACAUCAAGUGCUUAUAUAAAUUCAGAAGGGGAAAGAGAGGAAGACGAUGAAAAAGACACUGAUUUGAAUACUCAGGAUUUUCAGUUCCUGGACAAUGUUGUUCCAUCCAGUUACCAUUAUUCACCUUUUGAGAUAGCUGAAGAGAUUGAGGAGCAGUUGGAGCCUGAGAACUAUGGUGAUGAGUCUUCAAUGCUUAGAGAAGUCAUGAAUAGAAUGAAAUAUGAGAGGAAGUUUUCAGCUUCCCUUUAUGCCUUCAAUGGGAUACCUGAAUGCUUGAAGUUGAAAGAAUCAGGAAACAAAAAUGGAAGAGAGGUUUGUAUUUCUAAUCAGCUAACCAACCUCAAGAUGGCUUGCAGCAAAAACAAAAUUGAGGCUACUAAGAAGAAUGAAGAAUGCAUAGAAGCAAUGGAUAGGAAAGAGCCACAAACAUCAAUUGGCAUGGUUUACUCUUCCCCCUCUUUUUCAUCCAGUAUUGAUGAUGGAGAACUGUUUCUAUGGAAUUCACUUGAUCAUCCUAAUAUUUGUUUGCUAUGUUAA